GUCUAGUUACAGCAGGUGUUUACUGCCAUCUAGUGGAAGAUACCAAUAUAACACUUUAUUAUCAGGGUGGGGAGGCGGCUGAGCUGAAACAGAAAGUAAAGUUGUUCUUUUGUUCAGGAUCCAUUUUGAGACGACAGAGCAGAAAACACUAUAUGGAGAUUAUUGAAAAAUAAAACCGGGGUGAUGGAUGGAAAGGACAUUUUCCUGUCAUUAAAGGGGGUCAGUGCUCUAAAAUGAGUCUCUCUGGGGAGAGAGAGGAGGGGGACCCUGCCUCUAAAAUGAGUCUCUCUGGGGAGAGAGAGGAGAGGGUCCCUGCCUCUAAAAUGAGUCUCUCUGGGGAGAGAGAGGAGGGGGUCCCUGCCUCUAAAAUGAGUCUCUUUGGAGCGAGAAAGAAGGGGGGCCCUGCCUCUAAAAUGAGUCACUCUGGGGAACAUGGCACCAAAGCUAAGAGACCAAUCAAGCAGGAGAGACCAGCCUCCCCUGUUCCCAGCUGUGUGUCCAUGAAGAGUCAGCAGUCUAUGAAUCCUCCUAUAGUGUUUAGAGAGGGAGACUUUUCUACUGAACAAAGAAACCAACAGGAGAGAUCAGAGUCAGAGAUUCUCAGUGGUCAGUCUUCCCAGAGUCAUCAAACAGACCUGGCCUCCAUAUUCAGUGUAUGUGGUCCUGUUAUGUACAUUUGUUUUUGUUUACCUCAAGUAAAGUUGAUCUGUCAAUCAUUCAUUAAUGUGUUAAUGAGAAACCAUUUAUUCUCUUGCUUAACUUAUUUACUUAAUUUAUUCCAGAUGCUUGAAGAUAAAAUUAUGACAUUUGUGAAGAACGAGCUGAAGAUGUUCAAGAGGAAUCUUAGUCCAGAAUUCCCAGAAGGCUUUGAGAGUCAGAAGCAGGAUAAGGAAGUGGUGGAUGCUGAAGAUGAGAAGCAGGAGAGCAGUGCCAGAGAGGGGGCUCUGAAGAUCACACUGCACAUCCUGAGGAAAAUGAACCAGAAGGAGCUUGCUGACACACUGGAGAAAUAUUCAGAUGAUCCUGCUGUGAUUUGCCAACGUGAACUCAAAUCUAAUCUAAAGAAGAAGUUUCAAUGUGUAUUUGAGGGGAUCGCUAAACAAGGAAACCCAACACUUCUCAAUAAGAUCUACACAGAGCUCUACAUCACAGAGGGUGGAACAGGAGAGGUCAAUAAUGAACAUGAGCUGAGACAGAUUGAGACAACAACCAGGAAACAAGCAAGACCAGAGACUGCAAUCAAAUGUAACGACAUCUUCAAACCCUUAACUGGACAAGACAAACCUAUCAGAACUGUGCUGACAAAGGGAGUCGCUGGCAUUGGAAAAACAGUCUCUGUGCAGAAGUUCAUUCUGGAUUGGGCUGAAGGAAAAGCAAACCAGGAUGUCCAAUUUGUAUUUUCAUUCCCUUUUCGGGAGCUGAAUUUGAUGAAAGGGGACAAACACACUUUCAUUGAACUUCUUAAUCACUUCUCAAUGGAAACUAAACAAUCAGGAAUCUCCAACUUCGACAAGUACAAAGUUCUGUUCAUCUUUGAUGGUCUGGAUGAGUGCCGACUGCCCCUAGACUUCCAGAAGAACAAGAUCUGUUGGGACGUCACAGAGUCAACCUCAGUGGAUGUUCUGCUGACAAAUCUCAUCAAGGGAAAUCUGCUCCCCUCUGCUCUCCUCUGGAUAACUACCCGACCUGCAGCAGCCAAUAAGAUCCCUUCAGUGUGUGUUGACCAGGUGACAGAGGUACGAGGGUUCAAUGACCCACAGAAGGAGAAGUACUUCAGGAAGAGAUUCAGUGAUGAGGACCUGGCCAGCAGAAUCAUCUCACACAUAAAGACAUCAAGGAGCCUCCACAUCAUGUGCCACAUUCCAGUCUUCUGUUGGAUUUCUGCAACAGUCCUUGAACACAUGCUGAAACAUAAGAGAGAAGAGAUGCCCAAGACUCUGACUGAGAUGUACACACACCUUGUGGAGUUUCAUACCAAACAGAAGAAUGAAAAGUAUCUUGGGAAAGAAGGGACAGGUCCACACUGGGAUAAAGAGAGCAUUCUGUCACUGGGAAAACUGGCUUUUCAACAGCUUGUGAAGGGAAAUCUGAUUUUCUAUGAAGAAGACCUGAAAGAGGCUGGCAUUGGUGUCAAUGAAGCCUCAGUGUACUCAGGAUUGUGCACACAGCUCUUUAAAGAGGAACGUGGGCUGUACCAGGACAAGGUGUACUGCUUUGUUCAUCUGAGCAUUCAGGAGUUUCUGGCUGCUGUAUAUGUGUUCCUCUCAUUCAUCAACAACAAUGAGAAUCUAAUGGAUGAACUGCAAACAAACGACGAGCCUGAAGUUACUUUCUACAAGAGUGCUGUGGAUAAAGCCUUACAAAGUGAGACAGGAAACCUGGACCUUUUCCUCCGCUUCCUUCUGGGCCUCUCACUGGAGUCCAAUCAGAAGCACUUACAAGGUCUAGUGACAAAGUCAAGAAGCAGCUCACAGAGCCAUGAAGAAACAGUCAACUACAUCAAGAAGAAGAUCAGGGAGAAUCCCUCUCCAGAGAGGAGCAUCAAUCUGUUCCACUGUCUGAAUGAACUGAAUGACCAUUCUCUAGUGGAGGAGAUCCAAAGCUACCUGAGAUCAGGAAGUCUCUCAGAACCCAACCUGUCACCUGCACAGUGGUCAGCUCUGGUCUUUGUGUUGCUGACUUCAGAAAAGGAGCUGGAUGUGUUUGACCUGAAGAAAUACUCCAGAUCAGAGGAAGGUCUUCUGAGGCUGCUGCCAGUGGUCAAAGCCUCCAGAGCUGUUCUGCUGUCAGGCUGUGGAGUCACAGAGAAAGGCUGUGCUUCUCUGGUCUCAGCUCUGGAGUCAAACCCCUCACACCUGAGAGAGCUGGAUCUGAGUAACAAUGACCUGAAGGAUUCAGGAGUGAAGCUGCUCUCUGCUGGACUGGAGAAUCCCCACUGUAAACUGGAGACUCUGAGGCUGUCACGCUGUCUAGUCACAGAGGAAGGCUGUGCUUCUCUGGUCUCAGCUCUGAGGUCAAACCCCUCACACCUGAGAGAGCUGGACCUGAGCUACAAUCACCCAGGAGACUCAGGAGUCAGACUGCUCUCUGCUGGACUGGAGGAUCCACACUGCAGACUGGAGAAACUCAAGCUGUCAGGCUGUGGAGUCACAGAGGAAGGCUGUGCUUCUCUGGUCUCAGCUCUGGAGUCAAACCCCUCACACCUGAGAGAGCUGGAUCUGAGUAACAAUGACCUGAAGGAUUCAGGAGUGAAGCUGCUCUCUGCUGGACUGGGGAAUCCUCACUGUAAACUGGAGACUCUGAGGCUGUCAGGCUGUCUAGUCACAGAGGAAGGCUGUGCUUCUCUGGUCUCAGCUCUGAGGUCAAACCCCUCACACCUGAGAGAGCUGGACCUGAGCUACAAUCACCCAGGAGACUCAGGAUUCAGACUGCUCUCUGCUGGACUGGAGGAUCCACACUGCAGACUGGAGAAACUCAAUGUGGAACAUGGUGGAGAGAACAGAAUGAAACCUGGGCUUAGAAAAUAUGUCUGUGAUCUCACACUGGACCCAAACACAGCACACAGACUCCUCUCUCUGUCUGAGGAGAACAGAAAGGUGACAUGGAGGAGAAAGAAGCAACAGCCGUAUCCUGAUCACCCAGAGAGAUUUAAGGACUGGCAGCAGGUGCUGUGUAGAGAGGGUCUGACUGGGCGCUGUUACUGGGAGGUAGAGUGGAGUGGGAGAGGUGCUGUUAUAGGAGUGACAUAUAAAGGAAUCAGCAGGAGAGGAAGGGGUGAUGACUGUUGUCUUGGAUACAGUGACAAGUCCUGGAGUUUGGACUGCUCUGACAAAAGUUACACUGCCUGGCACAAUAAUAAUUACACUACCAUAGACGUCCCCUCCUCCAGCCCCCACAGAGUAGGAGUGUAUCUGGACUGGCCAGCCGGCACUCUGUCCUUCUAUAGAGCCACCUCAGACACACUGACCCACCUGUACACAUUCACCUCCACAUUCACUGAACCCCUCUAUCCAGGGUUUUAUGUUUGGUAUGUUGACUCUUCAGUGUCCCUGGAAAUAAUAACCUGACACACACACACACUGGACACACACACACCCUGGACACACACACACACACACACACACACACACUGGACACAUAUACACACACAUUGGAUACACAAUCACACAAUGGACACACACACACACACACACUGGACACACACAAUAAAACUGGACACACACACACUGGACUCUGGACACACAGACACUGGACACACUCAAACACACACACACAAACACAAUAUUGUAUAGCUAAUCUUGUGGGAACAUACAAUUCAGUCCCAUUCAAAAUCCUAUUUUCCCUUACCCCUAACCCUAAACCUAACCCUAACCCGUAUCCUUACCUUAACACUAACCCUAAACCUUAGCCCCUAACCCUAAACAUGUGCUUAAUGUGCCCCAGCUGUGGGCCAAGAUGUGACAAAUUGGGCUGGAGGGAAAUUUGAACCCGUACCUCACCUCGGUACCUCUUUGUCCAUCAAAGGGCCAUGGCUCAACAUGUAGUACAUGAGCCUCAUCUGCCAACCCAGGUUUGAUCCCCACCUAGGAUAUGCCCAAGGUGUAAGGUUGGACAUAGUCCAAACUUGAACUUUUGCUCCAGAGACUAUGUCCAGCCUGUGCACCUGGUGAUUGUACGGGUUACCAGGCGCACGUUUUUUAAAUGUUUUUUUAAUGCCUUUAGGGGUGUUCCAGGGCUCCAUGCCUGGGUAGGGAAUCCCCCAACCGGGAUUGUCCAGAAGGAGGUGCCACUUGCCAUUUUAAGCCGUUUUUAAUCACUAAUGUACAGUGGGGCAAAAAAGUAUUUAGUCAGCCACCAAUUGUGCAAGUUCUCCCACUUAAAAAGAUGAGAGAGGCCUGUAAUUUCCAUCAUAGGUACACUUCAACUAUGACAGACAAAAUGAGAUUCUUUUCUUCCAGAAAAUCACAUUGUAGGAUUUUUAAUGAAUUUAUUUGCAAAUUAUGGUGGAAAAUAAGUAUUUGGUCACCUACAAACAAGCAAGAUUUCUGGCUCUCACAGACCUGUAACUUCUCCUUUAAGAAGAGAGAGAGACACACACACAUUGGACACACACACACUGGACACACACACACUGGAGACACACACACACUGGAGACACACACACAUUGGACACACACACACACACUGGAGACACACACACACACUGGACACACAGAGACUGUAAAUUAAAAUGUUAAGUGUAUGUGUCCACAUAACUGAGUAUUAGACUAACCUUGUGAAACUGUCAUGUUAUAAUCUCCUGUCCUUCUGAGUAUAAUUCUGUGUUGCAAACCAGUUUGCUCCUGUGUCCUGGUAUAGAAUAAAAGGGAACUGAGAGUUCCUCCCAACAAUAGGAACUAUAAAGAUAUGUGCUGAUCAAUGUUUCUGAAUUCAGACUGUCUACACUGUGGAACUCUGUUAUUCUCUCUGAGAUCACAAUGCUUCUGAAUUCAGACUGUCUACACUGUGGAACUCUGUUAUUCUCUCUGAGAUCACAAUGCUUCUGAAUUCAGACUGUCUACACUGUGGAACUCUGUUAUUCUCUCUGAGAUCACAAUGCUUCUGAAUUCAGACUGUCUACACUGUGGAACUAUUUUAUUCUCUCUGAGAUCACAAUGCUUCUGAAUUCAGACUGUCUACACUGUGGAACUCUGUUAUUCUCUAUGAGAUCACAAUGCUUCUGAAUUCAGACUGUCUACACUGUGGAACUCUGUUAUUCUCUCUGAGAUCACAAUGCUUCUGAAUUCAGACUGUCUACACUGUGGAACUCUGUUAUUCUCUCGGAGAUCACAAUGCUUCUGAAUGCAGACUGUCUACACUUUGUAUUCUUUCUGAGCUCAGAAAUAAAGAAUCUUGGUUUCUUGGACUCCAGGAGAUCCUAAUUUUUAUAUAUCCAUGACAACACACACACACACACACACACACACACACACAUACACCUUAGACACACAAACACAUACACUGAACACACACAAACACACACUGGACACACACACAAACACACACUGGACACACACACAAACACACACUGUACACACACACUAGACACACACACAAUGUACACACACACGGGACACACACACACACCAGUUUGAGACAGUUUAUUCCUGUAAAUACAAAAAUAGAAAGGCAACAUGUAAAGUGUUGGUUCCGUGUUUCAUGAGCUGAAAUAAAAGAUCCCAGAAAUGUUCCAUAUGCACAAAAAGCGUAUAAGUUUUACAUUGGUGAGCAUUUCUCCUUUUACAAGAUAAUCCAUCCACCUGACAGGUGUUGCAUAUCAAUAAGCUGAUUAAACACAUGAUCAUUACAAAGGUGCACCUUGUGCUGGGGACAAUAAAAGGUCAAUCUAAAAUGUGCAGUUUUGUCACAGAACACAAUGCCAGAUGUCUCACGUUUUGAGGGAUUGUGCAAUUUGCAUGCUGACUGCAGGAAUGUCCAACAGAGCUGUUGCUAGAGAAUUGAAUGUUCAUUUCCCUAAGCCACCUUGAAUGUUGUUUUAGAGAAUUUGGCAGUACGUCCAACCGGCCAUCAAUCAUUAGACACACCUGGCAUCAAUCAUUACACGCCCCUGGCAUCAAUCAUUAGACACACCUGGCAUCAAUCAUUAGACACACCUGGCAUCAAUCAUUACACGCACCUGGCAUCAACCAUUACACGCACCUGGCAUCAAUCAUUAGACAUACCUGGCAUCAAUCAUUACAUGCACCUGGCAUCAAUCAUUAGACACACCUGGCAUCAAUCAUUACACGCACCUGGCAUCAAUCAUUAGACACACCUGGCAUCAAUCAUUACACGCACCUGGCAUCAAUCAUUAGACGCACCUGGCAUCACUCAUUAUGCGCACCUGGCAUCCAUCAUUAGAUGCACCUGGCAUCAAUCAUUAGACGCACCUGGUAUCAAUCAUUAGACACACCUGGCAUCAAUCAUUACGUGCACCUGGCAUCAAUCAUUAGACGCACCUGGCAUCAAUCAUUACGUUCACCUGGCAUCAAUCAUUAGACGCACCUGGCAUCAAUCAUUACGUGCACCUGGCAUCAAUCAUUAGACGCACCUGGCAUCAAUCAUUACGUUCACCUGGCAUCCAUCAUUACACGCACCUGGCAUCAAUCAUUACACGCACCUGGCAUCAAUCAUUACACACACCUGGCAUCCAUCAUUGCACGCACCUGGCAUCAAUCAUUACACGCACCUGGCAUUCAUCAUUAGAAGCACCUGGCAUCAAUCAUUAGACGCACCUGGCACCUGGUAAUCUUUGAGUGAGAAUAGUGUCAGCAUAACAAUCAUUUAAAUCUAUAUGGAGGUCUGACAGUAAUCUUUGAGUGAGAAUAGUGUCAUUAUAACAAUCAUUUAAAUCUAUAUGGAGGUCUGACAGUAAUCUUUGAGUGAGAAUAGUGUCAUUAUAACAGUCAUUUAAAUCUAUAUGGAGGUCUGACAGUAAUCUUUGAGUGAGAAUAGUGUCAUUAUAACAGUCAUUUAAAUCUAUAUGUUGUGCAGCUCUCGUUUCUUCUCAGUUAUACUAGAGUUUGUAAUUGUUUAUCUCGUAGUACUUUCUGUUCUGUAUUCCAGUUUGUCGUUGUUUAUAGUUUCACUCAAUGUCGGGGGGUUAAGAAAUAAUGUAUAGCGCAAUGCCUUAUUUUUUUCUUGCCAAACAGAUCGAUGUCAACUUCUACAGAUCUCAGUGGGGAAAUGAUUUGUGUCUCUCUCAUGGUUCUGAACUCUCUGCUGGAGUCACCACUCUAAUGAAUCAGUUCAAUGGAAGUAUUUUACACUCAGACUGGGACCCUAUUGGUCACUUUCUUUGUCUUGUCAUCAACUGUAACAUCAUCAUUAUUACUGUCACGUUCUGACCUCUAUUUCCUUUGUUUUGCCUUUAUUUAGUAUGGUCAGGGCGUGAGUUGGGGUGGGCAGUCUGUUUGUUUUUCUAUGAUUUUGGGAUUUCUAUGUUUCGGCCUAGUAUGGUUGUCAAUCAGAGGCAGGUGCCAUUAGUUGUCUCUGAUUGAGAAUCAUACUUAGGUAGCCUGGGUUUCACUGUUUGUUUGGAGGUGUUUGUUUCCGUGUCUGUGUUUUUCACCACACGGUACUGUUUCGGUUUUCGUUCGUUUCACGUUUAUUGUUUUUGUAUCAGUUGUGUUCAUGUUGAGUAUUUCUCAUUAAAAGAACCAUGGACACUUA